AUGUGGAUCAUCAACUGGUUCUACGACGUUCUUGCCUCCCUUGGUCUACUCAACAAGCAUGCCAAACUACUCUUCCUUGGUCUUGACAAUGCAGGAAAGACAACUUUACUACACAUGUUGAAGAACGACCGAGUUGCCAUUCUCCAGCCCACUCUACAUCCUACAUCCGAAGAAUUAGCCAUUGGCAACAAUAGGUUUACAACCUUUGAUCUUGGGGGUCAUCAACAAGCUCGUCGCCUCUGGCGUGACUACUUCCCCGAAGUCUCCGGAAUCGUCUUCCUGGUUGACGCCAAAGACCAUGAACGACUGCCAGAAGCCAAGGCAGAAUUGGACGCCCUGCUAGCCAUGGAAGACCUCGGCAAGACUCCGUUUCUCAUCCUUGGAAACAAGAUUGAUCAUCCCGAUGCAGUGUCGGAAGAUGAAUUAAGACAUCAAUUGGGACUGUUCCAGACAACGGGUAAAGGAAAGGUGCCUUUGGAGGGUAUCCGGGCCAUUGAGAUCUUCAUGUGCAGUGUGGUUAUGAGACAGGGAUACGGUGAGGGUAUCAGGUGGCUAUCACAAUACGUCUGA